UUUUAGUCCACUCUCCCACCCUGCUCAUCAGUCCCCAAUUCUGCCCGUCGUUUCAACUUCAAACUUGUUUCCACCUCCGUCGUCGUCGUCGAGCCCGACGACGUUGACGACAUAUUUGUCCACCAUCGGGCCCUGUAUACGGGGUCGAAGCGCCUUCACCUUCGGCUCUGCUCCCACGAGGCUCUUUCCGUCGUGGCAGUCGCUAUUUCCCUGUUUUUCCUUUCUUAUCUUUUUGCACCUAUAAUUUUAGCAGUAAACCUCCCUGUUAUUAGCCAUGUCGCUUAGCCGGAUUCUCAACGACGAACCCUCGCCUGCUCUUUCCGCUAGGUCGCCAUUCACCCCCUCUUCGCGCAACAUGCCAACCGACACUGUGCAAAGAGAUAUACCAUCUUCGUCCGCCUUUCCCAAUGCAUCACCCCGGUCCCAGUCCCGAAUGUCUGAUUCCUAUCGCAAUGCGCCGCCUCUUCCUCGAGUUCACAGUCAUACACUAGCCAACCAUGACCCGGUAGACCUUUGGGAUCCGUACCUAAUGCCACGCCCACAGAACAUCAUGGGUACUGGUUCCAGUUCUGUGCGUUCCGAACUUGUCGACCGUGAACGCGACAUCCACCGAUCCGCGUCUCCUGAUAGUCAAAUUCACUUUUCGGGUAGUGGAGUGGAGAGAGAUUCUGUGCCCAGAAAGCGCCAUAAAGGGAACGAUGACGACAGUGAUUAUCGAGUUGCCGACGAACGACGCCAUCAGCUGUUUAACGCAGCAAACUGCCCCCAAGAUAUCCACACGGAUACACUGCCACACCCAGGGUCCCCCGCUCGGCCUUCCCUCAACGAGGAAGUCAAGCCUCGACCGUCAAAACAUCCGAAUGAAGAGGAUAGACUUGCAUCUUCUGAUCUCUCAGAUUGUGAAGAAGUUUGGAUUGCAGAGCUGAGCGAUUACAUCCUGGAGACGCAGAAGCGCUUUAAGCAAGUUGAGCAGUGGUUCAAUGAAAGCACUAGAGAUCGGACCGCCAAAACGGCCGAAGACAUGUCCCAUUAUUAUUCACGAAAGAUCGCCAAGAUACCAAUGCCUCCACCUUCGCCUCCACCCAUGCUAGCUCCUCCAGAUAGUCCACGUUUCAAUGGCUACGAAUAUCCAGAUGUCCCUAUCCAGGAUACACCAGACCGGGACAACCUGUAUGUAUCUCCAGGCGCGGAUAUGAAUAACACGCCGGAGCCCCUUCCAUCAAUACGACUCGGCAAAGGAAAGGAGCGCGUUAAAAGGCAUGCCUCGGGGGCUAUGUCUGAUGCAAGUAGCGAGUUAUUCGCUCCCCUAUCCCGAGAACGGGGUCAUGCGAGCAAAAAGAGGAAGUUGGAGGCGUCAGCGAUUGAUAUUCCGGAGGAUAAUGCAGUGGAGCCGUCAGUUAUUGACGAGUCCAUUUCGCCGGCAAUAGCCUCAAAAGCUUCUGCAAAGGGAAAAGGGAAAGCAAAGCAACAGUCGUUACCCACCCAAAUAGAGAUCGCUGAAAGUGCUUCCGCCAACGCUAAGCCUCCGCGCAAAAGGCCUGGUCCCAGGAAGAGAUUGCCUUUUACCGCAGACUUGGAGUUGGAGUUGGCAUCGCACCCUCCUUCUAUCGCUGGAGAUGUCACGCCUUCGGUGUCUUAUUCAAGACCUUCCUCGCCAGUGCCUACAAAUUCUACUGUGAUCUUUGAACUUGACGAGGAGAUCCCUCCUCUGAAGAAAGCGAGAAAAUUGGAUGACAGUGCUAUGGUUAAACGGGUCAAAACUCUCGAAGAUGCGCAACGCAAAGUUUGGACGAACAUUGCUAGAAGAGAUGUUGCCAAGGUGUAUAAAUAUCAUGCACUGGGCUAUCAAGCUCGAGUAUCUCAGUCAGAAAGAAUAGCUAAAUUGGCCUCUAUUCAAGCGCGCAAGCCUUUCACGAAGACCCCCAAGGGCGUCAAGGACAUGCAGGCCAAGGCUAAACGAUUGAUGCGUGAGAUGCAAGUCUUUUGGAAAAAGAAUGAACGCGAGGAGAGAGAUGUUCGGAAGCGUGAACACAAGGAAGCGAUGGACCGAUUAAAGAUGGAGGAGGAGAAACGCGAGGCAGCACGACAAGCGCGAAAACUUGAGUUUUUGAUUAGUCAGACAGAGCUCUACAGCCAUUUCGUCGGGAACAAGUUGAAGACAUCUGAGAUGGAAGGCAAUUCAAACAGUGAACCUCUUCCUGCCGGAGCCGAUUUCGAGGACAUUAAUCCUGAAGCUCUCGGAGAGAUCAACUUUGAUGACGACGACCAGUCUAACAUGUAUAAACAUGCAAGACACAAUGCUCAAGAGGCUAUAGCUCUUGCCAAGCAGAAAGCCCGAGAAUUCGAUGCCCAUGCUGCUCUGGGGCGCAAAAACGAGAUGAACAAGCUCGUGAAAAGCCGAUCACAAGAUCAGGUUGACGGGGAAGCUGAAGUUGACGGGGAAUCAGGGACGUUCGGUGCCCCCCUUCUGGAUCUUGACUCCGACGAACUCAAUUUCCAAAACCCCACAUCUCUCAGCGGGCCGCUUACUAUUGGCCAACCGAAGAUGUUAAUGGCCCAAUUGAAGGAGUAUCAGCUCAAAGGCUUGAACUGGUUAGCGACGUUGUACGAGCAAGGUAUCAACGGUAUCCUUGCUGACGAGAUGGGUCUCGGAAAGACCGUUCAAUCUAUUUCUCUACUUUCGUAUCUCGCCGAAACCCACGACAUCUGGGGACCGUUCCUUGUAGUAGCACCUGCUUCAACUCUGCACAACUGGCAGCAGGAAAUUACUCGAUUUGUUCCUCGAUUGAAAGCGUUGCCUUACUGGGGAAAUGUCAAGGACCGCGCCACUCUUCGGAAGUUCUGGAGCAAGAAAGAGAUAAGUUACAAUCAGGACGCGCCGUUUCAUGUCCUCAUUACCAGUUAUCAACUGGUCACUCAAGAUCAACAGUACUUUCAACGUGUCAAAUGGCAGUACAUGAUAUUGGACGAGGCGCAGAAUAUCAAGAACUCUUCUAGUGUUCGGUGGAAAACUUUACUGGGCUUUCAAUGUCGAAAUCGACUCCUACUAACAGGAACUCCCAUACAGAAUUCCAUGCAAGAGUUGUGGGCUCUUCUGCACUUCAUCAUGCCGAGCUUAUUCGAUUCUCACGAUGAGUUCAAUGAAUGGUUUUCCAAGGACAUCGAAAAUGCCGCAGAAAACAAGGGAAGCAAAUUGAACGAACAUCAGCUACGGCGACUGCAUAUGAUCUUGAAACCUUUCAUGUUACGCCGGGUGAAGAAGCAUGUCCAGAACGAACUGAGUGAGAAGAUCGAGGAGGAUAUAUAUGUAUCUUUAAGUGCGAGGCAACGUUCGUUAUAUAAAGCCCUGCUUGCCAAAGUAUCUGUGGCCGACCUCAUCGCAAAGGCAGCUAACAUCGGGGAUGCUGAUUCUGCGCGAACUUUGAUGAAUCUCGUUAUGCAGUUCCGCAAGGUUUGUAACCACCCAGAGCUAUUUGAAAGGGCCGACAUAGUCGUACCUUUCUCCUUUUCAAGGUUCGGACGAUCCGGACCCCUUUCACGAGAAGGCGACUUCAUCAAUUUGCCCUAUUCAACUCGCAAUCCAAUUGAGUGCACUGUACCAAAGCUUCUGUACCGACAUGGAGGCGUUCUAGAUGUACCCUCAAAUGCCUCAUAUCCUGUGUCGCGGAAUAGUUGCUUGACCAAGCUGAUGAACAUUUGGUCCACUGAUUGGAUUCAUCGCUCUAUAUAUGAUGGUAAAGUAUCGUCAUCUUUUGCAUUCUUAUCACUAUUAGCUAUGUCACCACAAGAAGCCCACAACUUGCAUGUUUCUCCUCUUCUUCGCCGGAGGUUGUUAGCCCUGCAAUUUGAGCAAGAAUGGUUGGAAGAAGGCCCCUUUUACUUGGACUCCUUUUUCGCCGCACAUUCUUCUCGCCCUUCCCUGGAGAUUGGCAUCUACCCUUCGCUACAACUACUGGAUCGCGCUGAGGGCUUACCUCAUUUAUUCUCCAUUUCCCAAUCAGCUUGGACCGAGACUUGUUUAUCUCGCUCGGAGAUGAAGUGGUUUGUGCCUGCAGCUACGGCACCGCCGAUAUCAUUUUGUUGUACGGAUAGAACCUUCGUGGACCGUCAUUCGUACAUAUUGGACAGUCCUUUGGAGUCACUUGGACUGUAUGGUGCCCCAUCAUCAUUACGAGACUCGUUUGACGCCUGCAGCGCUUUCGAUACACGCUUUCCAGGUCUACCAUGUACGGGUCUCCUUGCGGAGUCGUCUUCAGACCAGAUUCCGUUGUCAACGAUGCAAGUUCCCGAGGCCAAGCGACUCAUCUAUGAUUCUGCCAAGCUUGCGCGUUUGGAUAUUCUCCUCCAAGAACUAAAAGCAGGGGACCAUCGCGUCUUGGUUUACUUCCAAAUGACUCGCAUGAUGGACUUGAUGGAGGAAUACCUGAUUUAUAGGCAGUAUAAGUAUCUCCGUCUUGAUGGAUCCUCUAAGCUCGAAGAUAGACGAGACAUGGUUAUCGAUUGGCAAACAAAGCCAGACAUCUUCGUUUUCCUGCUGAGUACACGAGCCGGUGGUCUUGGUAUCAACCUUACCGCUGCGGACACUGUGAUUUUUUAUGACCACGAUUGGAAUCCAUCCAAUGAUGCUCAAGCCAUGGAUCGGGCACAUCGCUUAGGGCAAACUCGCCAAGUGACUGUGUACCGUCUCAUAACUAAAGGAACCAUAGACGAACGGAUCAUUCAACUGGCUCGGGUGAAAAAAGACGUUCAAGACAUUGUCGUUGGUAAUAAAAACCUCACGGAUGUCGCCAAGCCUAGCGAAAUUGUUCAGCUUUUAUUGAACGAUGAACAGUUCGCUGGUCUGGAUACUUCUGCUACGGCAGAUCUCUCUGCGGAAAUACCUGCCAAUGGUUCUACUGAACCUAUCCGUGAUCUCUGGGAUGAAGACGGGGAUGACGAUUUUUUUGGUCAUUCUAAUCCUUCAGCCGUAGCUAACAGCCAGGUAGAGGCACUUCAGGAGGAAAAUGGCGAUCCUAUGCCAAGCAGCGGUCGCGGUAAGAAACGCAAGCCUGGUAAUCGAGGUGGUCGUAGGGGCGGCAAGAGAAAAGCAGCCACCGAUCAUGCGCCUGUUUUAGAUUACUACUAGUACCGGAUAACGUACGUUGGUCCUACUGGUUUCUAUUCUCUUCGUCUUCGCAUCCACUGUAGACUAUCCUGGCACUUUCUAGUUUAUCCUUACUGUAUAAUAGAGGAACGUCUUUAAUUGGCAGGCGACUUACAGCAGCUGGCC